GCUUUUGUUUAUUGUUCAGAUCACCCUGUUCUCGAAAUAAUUAUAACCUUUAAAAAGGGUGAAAAGAAGCUCAUAUAAAAAUGCCUCAAGAAUAUGACUCGAAAAUUAGCACGCACUUGGAUAUUAAUCAUGGAUUGGACAGAGUAACAGAAUUGGUCCAGACUCGACUGAUUGAAUGCGGUUGGAGAGAUCAAGUAAGACUGGCUUGUAGGAAAGCAAUAGUGGAAAAUGGAAAUGACCAACAUAUACCAACUGUGGAUGAACUUAUCACAAUUGUAACACCAAAGGCCAGAAGUUUGGUACCAGAUGCUGUUAAAAAGGAGCUGUUACAUGAACUGGAACUUAUUUUGGUCAAUGUAGACAAAAGCGGGUAUAUUAAGAAUUUCUGAAGACACUAAACUAGUUUAAUUUUAUUUAAAUGCACACUGUACAAUUACGUUUUAAAUUAUAGGCUUUUUAUAAUAAA